CAGAACAUGUCUGCGGCAAAAGUCAAAAUGCGGGAGAAGAAGUUGAAGCACCAGCCGGCCAGUGUUCAGUAUGGAGCUCCUGUCAACGAGGGGGGCAGCUCCCGGAACGGAGGAUCCUCAGCACACCCAGAGAGGCUGAACAAACCCCCUCACAGGGGUGGAUGGGUGCGUGGACAUCACAACGAUGGUGGCGGUUAUGCAAGAGAGAUGCCCAAGCAGAUCACUGCUGUAGCUUUUGCCAAGGCCAGGGCUGCGGAGGUGAAAGCCAUGUUGAAAGCCGUAACCAAGACAACGGCAAGCAGCCAUCUGAAUACAGCUCUACCCAAACACAUGAGGAGACGGGCUAUGAGCCACAACACCAAGCGGCUCCCCUGCAGACUGAGAGACAUGGCCAACAGACUGCGGGAGAGGACCCUCCAGACCGGCCCGCAGAAGAAACAACCAGCAAAGAACAAGAGCCGCAAGGCUCGCCGGCGCCACGGGAACCUGCUGCUGGAGUUUAACCGUCGCCAGCGGAAGAACAUCUGGCUGGAGACGCACAUCUGGCACGCCAAGCGCUUCCACAUGGUUAAGAAGUGGGGUUACUGUCUCGGGGAGAGGCCCACAUACAAGUGCUACAGGCCCUGCUACAGAGCCAUGAGCAGCCACGCCCUGCUGCAGGACCUGUCUUACCUCUGCUGCAUAGAGCUGCUGGGAGAGGAGGACGAGCUGCUGGCCGCGCUGGCGCAAAUCACCAGCAAGGAGGCAGGACCUUCCUUUGCUGCAGCCGUGUGUCUGUCCGGCUGCAGGCAGGGCAGCGUUGUCGUGUACCGAGCAGGACGGUACCCCUCCCAACCACUGGGCCCCGUCACGUUCCUCUGGAGACCCCGAGCGCAGGGAUCCAGUCUCAGGCAGCUGUGGAUCUGGGCCCACCCUACUCUUAAGCAGGAUCUGCUCCCGGAGUUACAAAGCGUGUGCCAGUGCUCCGAGGCGGUUGCGCCCCCAGUUGCACCAGUGGUCACAGCUGCAGGUGAAAAUCCCACAUUACAGCCGGAGGAGAAGCCCGAAAACAAACAUGAAGCCAAAUUGGCACCUAGAAACAAGAGGAAACGGAGCUGUAAGGAAGCCGGCGGACCUCCUGCAAAGAAGAUCCUGGGAGAUGGAACCAGGUUACCUGGCACCCCGGUUACCUGGAGGUCCAACUCAACUGGAAUAGUUAUAAAUGACCUGACUAUGGAGAUCGUCCGCUACCGCCUGAUCGGACCACAGUCCCACUCCGUGCUGGCAGAGACUCUGGAAGCAGCUACAGACUGGGAUGAUGUGAACAAGUCCCAGCCAUCCCCGCUCUGGUGGCCCGAACACUGCAAAGAUGAGACCAAGAUGGAUCUGCACAAACAACAAGCAGAAAUCUUUAACUUGCUCAAAGGCAUUUAUUCCACCGGAGAGCUUCCUGCAGGCAUAGUGCUGGGCCUGACCGUGGACGACCCCAGACUGUCUUUACCAACGAAGGUGGUUAAAGCUUUGCCCUGUGUAGACCAGGCCCAAGAGGGGGAGGAGGAGCGGAGGAGAGAGCUGAUGCUGCGAGGAGUGCCGGGGAGCUGCUGUCAGAGUUUCCUGUGGGACCAGUCUGUACGUGACAACGUCACCGACAACAGGAUCUCCGAGCAGGAGCUGAACCGUAUGAGGGGGGAGCUGCUGGUGCCGGGGUCCCGGCUACAGCCCACCCCCCCGCAGGGCCGGGUCCCCAUCCUGCUGGUCCAUCAGCCGGGCAAGCAGGUGGGGACGGAGAUGAGCUCCUGGGGGGCUGGAUGGGACCUGCUGCUUCCUAAAGGCUGGGGCAUGGCCUUCUGGGUCCCACUGGUGUACCGAGGAGUUCGCAUCGCUGGCCUCAACAUGAGUCUGAAACACUCUCAAAAUAAAGCUGCUCCCCACUUUCCCCAAGAUUACCCAGACUGCCCUGGAGGCGUUCGAUUCCAGGAGGAGCAGGAGGUCCAGCUCCUGGACAAAUUCAAAAGGCGUCCGCCUGCCAAGAGGACCAAUUACGUUAAACAUGGCUGUCUGGCUCCUUUCCGUUGCCCUUGGCAACAGCUAGCAGAGGAGUGGGAGCUCCUUGUAAGGGAAAGAGGAGAGGAAGGGAAAGGAGAUGGGAGGACCGGCAGCACGACGGAGACGGGUGUCGUGAUGGAGAUGACGUCUCUGCAGGAUCCCACCGUACCCACGACUCCGAGCCGCUUCACCGUGCUGAGGAAUAGGAAGUCUCUGAGACUCCUCUCCGGUUGGUGCAAACCCACGACAUCCAAAGGUCAGAGGUCAUGCCGCUCGGGGGCGGUGCCGCCUCUCGACCGUUCAGCUGCGUCGUCCUUCCUCUCCUCCCACGGGAUGAGUCUGGUAUGGGUGCGUCUCUCGCUGCUGUCCAAGGGCAGCCCGGAGCUCCACGCCAUGCUGUGCGUGCCGGCUGCAGAGGACCUGAAGCUGCUCGCCAAGAACCAGGCGGCCUGCGGCCCCCAGGAGCCCCCACACAGAGACCACUUUAAAAGCAGGAUGAAACACAGGAAGAAAGGCUCCAAGAAGGCUGCCACAACCUCUGAACUCCCCUCCGACUCGGUCACAUCAGAAGAGCCUAAAUCCUCCCUGGACCUGGUGCUGGGGCUGUGGCCGGACCCUCUGCCCAGUCUGAGCGCUCACUGCUCCCGCGUGACGCUCGGCUGGGUCACCCAGGGGGACUUCUCCCUGUCUGCAGGCUGUGGGGAGGCCCUGGGGUUCGUAAGUGUUGCAGGUCUCGUCAAUACCCUCCUCAACCAACCGGUGGAACACCGAGGAAAGCUGCUGCUGCGUAACCCGGCCUCCCUGCACUACCGCUACACUAAGGUCAACGUCGAGGUGUGAAUCACCAUAAACUGAGACUAAAG